CGAGGAACGGCAACCGGCAGACAGACGCUGACUCUCGUGCGAGUCACACGUGUGUUGCUGAUUCCCGGGAAAAACUUGAGGACGUUCGUAAUGCGUUUGUUAUUUGCAAUAUUUGGGCUUUGUGCUCUUGUACUUUUCGCUGAAGCAACAGGGCCAGUCGAAAGCGCCGGCCCUAGACCUGCUACGUGCACGGACGGCUCUUCGUGGUUCGAUGGCUGCAACAACUGCUGGUGCAUGGGAGGAGCGACUGCCUGCAGCUUGAAGUUUUGUCCUGAUGGGACCAAAAAGCCCCCUACGUGCGUGGACGGCAGCCGGUGGAUGAUGGACAACUGCAACUGGUGCAGCUGCAGCAGCGGGACACCUGUCUGCACGAAGAGAGCCUGUCUGCCUGCCUGGGCCGCGUCGUCCUCGUCCAAUUCAGAUCGGAGCCUCGAUGCUUCAGACACGAAUGCUGUUAGGACUGAUGCUGCAGCAGGCGACGCCGUUUCAGCUGCAGCAGGCGAAACAGACGAGCCAGAGUGUGAAGGUACUGAAGGUCGCUGGCGCGUAGGGUGCAACUGGUGCCGCUGCAAUGAAAAAGGUUUCACCGUCUGCACCAAACGUCUGUGUCAUCCCGCGCUGCUGGAACGUCUAGCCGACACGCCUGUGUGCGAGGGAAAUGCUCGCUGGCGCGACGACUGCAACUGGUGCAGCUGCACCGCUACUGGUAUUGCCGCCUGCACACUCAAGGGCUGUAUUUCAAUGCUGCCGCCUCGUCCCGCUGCGGUCAUCACCAGCAGUUCUGAAGACUCCCCAGCAGCAGACGACGACCCGACGUGUGAAGUGACGCAGCCAACAGACCGGUGGCGCGAAGACUGCAACUGGUGCCGCUGUCUGCACGGCCGCGGCGCCUGCACCAAGCGAGGCUGUCCCCCAGGACUGAGAGAUCGACUGUCCAGCACCCCAGAGUGCGAGGGCGGCGCCCGCUGGAAGGUUGACGACUGCAACUGGUGCUCCUGCAGCGACGGCAGGGCUGUCUGCACCACCAGGGCCUGUCUCGGUGGGGACGCUGCGGAUUUGCCAGCGACCUCCGAAGAAGGAGCGAAAUACGAACCCGAUUGCGUGGGCACCUCAACGUGGACCGAGAGCUGCAACAACUGCCACUGUGCAAACGGCGUCAAGGCUUGCACCCUCAAAGGCUGCCUUACUGAAGUGGAAGACACGUGUCAAGAGGGUGCGGUCUGGAAGAAGGACUGCAACUGGUGCUCUUGCACAAACAACAGACCGGUGUGCAGUAGGCGUCUCUGCCCCACGAAACCAGCCGGAGAGAAUGAAGGUCUGACGGAAGUUGCGUGUCUCGAAGGCUCCACAUGGAAGGAUGACUGCAACACUUGUACCUGCACCAACGGUCACGCUAUAUGUACCCUCAGGGCUUGUAUUGGACCUUUUCGAAGACCCGCCGUUAUACCAGACCCUCGACAACCCCAGAUCGAGGAGAGAUCUCAGACCGAGGAUAGACCCGCGGUUAUACCAGACCCAAGACGACCUCAGAUCGAGGAGAGACCUCAGACCGAGUAUAGACCCGCGGUUAUACCAGACCCAAGACGACCUCAGAUCGAGGAGAGACCUCAGAAUGAGGAUAGACCCGCGGUUAUACCAGACCCAAGACGACCUCAAGUACAGCCACGGCCCAGCACUGGCGUGGAUGUGCCCAGAGAUGAUCGGGACUGCGUACCUGGGUCCCGGUUUUCGGUGGACGGUUGCAACUGGUGUACCUGCACCGAGAGAGGACUCGGUGUCUGCACCCUCAUGGCAUGCUUCAAAAGAAUGGACAUUGUGUGUGAGGAGGGCGCGCGGUGGAAGCAAGGGUGCAACUGGUGCAGCUGUGUGGGCGGGAGAGCUGCGUGUACAGAGAUGGCCUGUUUUGAUGAUGUUCUGACUUCGCCUCUGCCUGGCGCGACGGUACUGGAAGACGGUACUCUGGAAGGCACUCCCGCCAGUGUGCAGUGCAAGUCUGGGUCCCGCUGGACGCACCAGUGCAACAAGUGCGAGUGCAAUGACGACCAGACCUCUGUCUGCACCAACGACCCUGUCUGUGACCCUGAGAAGUCUGAAGAAAAUGAUACAUGUGAGGAAGGGGCCGAGUGGAAGCAGGACUGCAACGUGUGUCAGUGUGGGGGCGACGGCAGGCCUGUCUGCACCACCAGAAAGUGCUCCGGAAGCGAAGUCACGACCCUCGAAUCAUACGAGGAGUGCCGGCCGGGCUCGUCAUUCCGCGAGGCCUGCAACUUCUGCCGCUGCUCCAACAAGGGCCUUAAGCUCUGCACCAAGAUGUUCUGUCUGCCUGAUUACAAAAUUGUAGGCCCGCAGUGCAGCAACGGCUCUGUCUUCCUAGACGCCAACAACUGCAACUGGUGUCACUGCGUCGACGACAGCAUCACCUGCGCUGUGGGACGAAGCUGCGCCCGGAGGCGCAAAGCAGCUACAACUCCGACGCGCGCGGUACCGGCGAUCGCCGCCGUGACGCGCGGCCGUACGCCGGUGCCGGCGCCCUCCGACGAGCAGUGCGUCGACGGCACAUCAUGGCUGCAGGACUGCAACAGGUGUCGCUGCAUCGCUGGAGUAGUGGCCUGCGACCGACGCGCCUGCCUCCCCUCCCCUCGACGUGACGAGCGACCCUCGUCCUUUGCUGCCGCGCCCGACACAAGCCGCUGCUACAAGCCUGCUGACUCAGGGCCUUGCUUCGCUUCGUUUAGGAGAUUCAGGUUCAACGCAGAAAACAACCGCUGCGAGGCGUUCCUGUACGGCGGCUGCGCGGGCAACGACAACAAUUUCGAGUCCGCGAGCGAGUGCCAGCGCACCUGUGGGGGCGAUGCUCCUGUGCUAGACGCAACGUGCGACAGAAAAAGAUGCCCGAACCACCGCGAGGUUGCCUACAUGGCCGUCCGUGGCUGCGUGCCUGAGUACAAGGAUGGCAGUUGCUGCCCUACCAAUUUCAAGUGUUCUGAGAUUCCCAGCAGUGGCGAGAAAGGCUGUGUCUACGAAGGCAAGACGUACGACCUCGGCGCCGACGUACCCGUCAGAGAUCCCUGCUCGAGAUGCCGGUGUUCACGAGGAAUUUCCGACGCUGAGCUGAUCUGCGUCUCGGUGGAGUGUCCCUCUCUCUUCCAAGCCCCUGAUCCUUUCUGCCGACAACUCUUCAGGCUUGACCAGUGCUGCUCCUAUGACAAGGAAUGCGUGUCACCAGUUCCCGGCGCCAUGGAACCCCCUCCAAGAACUGACGGUGUCACCUGCUCGUCUGAGGGCCGUACGUACCAAGAGGGCGACAAGAUGUAUUUCGACACGGCGCCCUGUCAACGCUGUGUGUGCGCCCGCAACUACACCAGUCCCUACGGCGAUAACUGCACCCCUGUUGACUGCGGCUAUGAUACGCGGAGCGUGAAGCGGAUCCGCAGCGGCUGCGUGCCGCUGUACUACAAGGAGAGGUGCUGCCCUAUCACUUACAUCUGCUUGGGUGACAAGCGUAUCGCCUCUGACCAGUCGCAGGCCAAUCCUGACGGCGUGACCGAAGAUGUGUGCGAGUUCGGCGGCGUCAUCGUGGCCAGAGGACGACAGCUUGCAACCACCGAGACCAAGAUCAAGUGUACGUGUCAAACUCCUCCCUCCGUCACUUGUGUUCAGGACCAAAACUGAAUCAGCCACUUAUUACCAAGAGAUGCAUUGACCACAGCUGCUUAGGUGCCAGGGCCUAUACUUUCAAAAAAGUUAAGAGAUCGUAA